AUGUACACAUAUAGCAUGAACGAAUUAAGAACACACAGCGUACAUAAAAAGUUAAAAAGGACAAAGAAAAAAAAGAACAGAGGUGAGUUUUCUUAUAUUUUUUUUAAAAAAGAAAUAGCUAAAUUAUAUGAAAAAGAGAAAAUAAUACUAACAAACAAUAAAAUUGAAAACAACAAUAAUAAAAAUAAUAAUAAUAAUAAUAAUAAUGAUAAUAAUAAUAAUGAUGUGAUUAUAAAAAAUAAAAAUAUUUCUAAUAAUGUCUCUAAAUCACAUCUAGCUAAAAUUGUUAAAAAAGUAGAAAAAAAUAUUCUUCCAAAAUAUAUUAAUUAUAAUAAAGAUAAAAUUAAAAUCUCCAUGAAUUUUAAAGAUAUUAAUAAUAACAAUCAUGAUGAUAAUAUAUUUUUUAAGGAUAAUCAAAAUGUAGAACACACCAUAUUAAAAUUUCCAAACAAAUUUGCAUUACUAAAUGAGGAUAAUAAAAAUCGUGAUAAAAAGAAACAAGAAAAAAAAAAUAAAAAUAAAAUUAAAAAUAAAAUUAAAAAUAAUAAAAAUAAUAAUAAUAAUAAUAAUAAUAAAAAUAAAGAUAUAUUAUCUACAAAUAUAUUAUCUCCAAAUAUAUUAUCUACAAAUAUAUUAUCUCCAAAUAUAUUAUCUCCAGAUGUUUCAUCCCUAUCAUCUUGUGAUGACGUCCACCCAAAGAACUACAAAGAAGAAGAUGAAAAAAAAAAAAUGGUGGUGGAACUAUUAAAAAUUAUUGUCACAAAAAAGAAAAUCGAACAUAUUAGAAAAACUAUAUUUGAACCUAGUAUAAUAAAUUUUGUCAGUGCAAAGAUGAUCAAAUAUAUUAUAAGAAAAAUCCAAAAAAAAAUUGAUUUCAAUACUUUAAAAAUAUUCUUAAUAUCUAAUGUUGAUAUUAAUUGUUUAAGUAAUACUAUCGUUACUAAUAGAAAAAUUGAAAUGUUAGUAAAUUAUAUUUUUUCAAAAAAAAAAAUUAAAAUUGUUGAAUCCUUGUUAAUAAAUUUAUUUAAAUCUAUUCCAUCAACUGAACAAUUUGAAAACACAUUCAAAGAUCUAAUAAUAACAAAAAAAGAUUAUCUUUUAUGUGUCUCACUCUUUGCAUCUUAUUUAAUAAACAAAGCAAAAACUAAUAAAGACUGCGACAAAUAUGAGCAAAUAUAUCAUCUCGUGAGCAAGUUGAUAAUAGAAUCUGAGGAAUCAAACAAAGGAGAUACACAAAAAAAUAAAAAUAAAAAAAAUAAAAAUAAAAAUAAUAUUAAUAAUAAUAAUAGUAAUAGUAAUAAUAGUAAUAUUUUUAGUGGUCAUAAUGUUGAUAAAAAAAAUUGUGUGUUAACCACAAUUUCUUCAAAUAAACAGUCAACAAACAGACCUAAUAAAACCAACCCACUUCGUCUUCAAAACGAUCUAUUAAAUAUGCAAAAUGAUAUAAACGAACAAACGUGUGUAGAUAAUACUACCUUGGGCCUUACUUCUAUUCUCAAAACGAUAAAUGAUUCUAUAAAAAAAAGAGAUGAAGAAAUAAAAAUUCUUCGACAAUCUAUAUUUACACUAGAACAAAAUAUGAAUAAUCUAAGAAUACAAAAUGAAAUAAUAAAAAAAAGAAUUGAUAAAAUAAAUAUUAUGUCAAAUGAAGAAAGUGCCAAUUCGCCUUUAGGAUCUAUUAAUAAUGAUAUCAUAAAUCUAAAAGAGGAACAUAUAGAUUAUAUAUCAGAUAUAAAAGAAAUAAAAUAUGAAAAUGUUAAUAUGAAAAAUAAUGGUAUCAUAACAAAUACAAGUACUGAUGAUACAUCGAAUAAAAAGGAAUCGUUUCAAAAUAAAUUGAGAAAUUUUAUGAGGAUGUUAAAAUUAAAUGAUAUAAAUAAUAUAAACAAAAAUAUAAACAAAAAUAUAAACAAAAAUAUAAGUAAUGAUAUAAAUGGAGAUAUAAAUAAUCAUAUAAAUAGUGAUAAUAUUUUAAAUAAUAUACAAUAUAACGUACGAAUACAAGAAAAGGCAGAUGUAUUAUUCUCAUCAUUAAAUUAUCAUAUAGAUCAAAUGAUAUCAAUAGUAAAUAUAAAUUACAAUAUGAAUGAAAAAAAUGAAGAUAUUAAUAUUCAACAAACUAAUAACAUAAAAGAAGAUAUAUUAAUAGAUAAUAAAAAAUUUAUAAAUGCACCUUUAAAUAUUGUACAUUCAAAUAUUAAAAAUGAAAUUCAAAAUUUUAAACAUAAUAACAGUAUGGAAUUUCAACAUAUGCUCAAACAAAUUAAUAUUAUUGAAACAAAUAAUAAAAUAAACAAUGACAAUUCUUCAAAUAUUUAUAAUAGGUGUGUAACACAAAAAUCUUCUCAUGAUAAAAAAAAUAAUAAUCUUAUAAACGACUUAAGGUUCUUUAUGAAUUCAUCAUUUGUUAAUGUGGAUCACAUAAAUAAAGAUGAAGAGAAAAAAACAACACAUUAUAAUGACAAUGAUGUAUCUAUAAAUAAUAAUAAUAAUAAUAUGGACAAGUCUAUAAUUUAUAAUAUUAACAAUGAUCAAUCUAUAAAUUAUAUUAAAAAAGAACAUUCUUCAUCUGAUGAGAACUCUUUAGAUGAACCCUCCGAAAUGAAUAUGAAAAAAGAAAAAAAAAAAAAAAAUUAUUUCCAGGAUUUUAUGAACACCUUUAAUAAUAACACAAAAGAAUCUAUUAGUAAAGAUAAUACAAAAUUGAAAAAAAACAAAAAAAAAAAAAAUAAAAGCAAAAAUAAAAAUAAAAUAAUUCACGAUAAAGAUAUGAACCAAUCUAUAAAAAGCCCAAGAUUGUCAAAAGAUAAAAGUCAUCAAACUGACACCAAUACAGAUAGUGCUGACAGUGUUGUUUAUAAUUAUAACUUAUUUAACGCUAUCAAUAAUUUGAAUAAACAAUUUUCAAAUGUUGUUAAAAAUAUUCACAUGGAUGAACACUCGAUAGACAAACCAAAAGAAGAAAUACUCGACCAAAAUGGUGAUAAAGAAAAAGAAAAGAAAAAAAAAAAAAAAAAAAAAAAAAAAAAAAAAAAAAAAAAAAAAAAAAAAAAAAAAAAAAAAAAAAAAAAAAAAAAAAAAAAAGAAAAAAAAAAGGAAAGGAAAAGAGAUAGGAAAGAAAAAAAAAAACAACUAAAGGAGAAAAAAAAAGAAAUCAAAGAAAAAAAAAAAAUAGAAAUGAAGGAACAAAGAAAAAAAGAAUUAAAAGAAAAAAAAAAACAAAUGAAAGAAAAUGAGAAAAAAAUCAAAGAAAAGAAAAAACAAAUAAAAGAAAAUGAACAAAAAAUUAAUGAAUUUAAAAAGAAAUCUAAUAAAAAAAAAAAUCUUGAUAAAAUAAAGAAGAAAGAAAAGAAACAAUCAUAUACAUCAUCUGAUGAGAAUAAUAUUCUUAAUAAUAAAUUAAAACCAGAUCAUGAAUAUAAUUUUAUGCAAGUAGAUACACGUGAAAAAAAAGGAAAAAAAAAAAAAAAAAAUGAAGCCAGUAUAUAUGAUGAAUAUAUAACUCAAGAGAAGGCAAUAGAAGGAAUAAUAAAUAAAAAGUACAUAAGGGGUAUACUUAAUGUUAGAAGAAGCGACUAUGGAUUCAUCCUUUUUGACAACAAGAAGAUUCAUAUAAAAAGCAAAAGAGAUAUGAAUAGAGCACUAGAUGGAGAUUCUGUUGUUGUCAAAAUAAAGAAAAGUGUUGAUGAAGAAACAUGUGGAAAAAUAUUAUAUAUUGAAGAACAUAAUGGAUCAGAUAUAAAAUAUGUAUGUAUAUUUCGAGAUAAGAUAAAGAAUAAGAAAUAUAAUGUAGCAAUACCAUUUAAAAAAAACAUUCCAUUAAUAAAAGUAUUAAAUGAAGAUAUUAUUAAAUUUAUGAAUAAAUAUAAUAUAUCUGAUAUAUCUAAUCAAUUAGUUUAUAUAAAAAUAUUUGUCUGGGAUAUAAAUGAAUCAUAUCCAGAAGGAAAAAUUGUAGAAAUUCUUGGACAGAAUGAUAUAUUUCAUAACAUGCAAAAUGCUAUUUUAUUAAAUCAUAAUUUAAAUUUUAAUUUGAAAGAUGCUUUAGAAGAUCAAUAUUUAAAAGAUCUAAAAAAUAAAGAUACAUAUAAACAAAUAAUCUCUGAACAAAUAAAAAGAAGAACUGAUUUAACUAAUACAUGUAUUUUUACAAUUGAUCCAGAUACUGCUAGAGAUUUAGAUGAUGCUAUUAAUAUUAAUAAAAUUAGCAGAAAAAAAAUUAUUAGUUGUAAUUAUUACAUUCAAAUUAUUCAUAAUUUAAUAACUCAUAAUGGAGAUAUUGAAGAAUUAAUUUUAAAAAAAAAUAUUUCUUUAUAUAAAAAUGAUGAUGAUAAUAAUUUUUUUCAAAAUCUUAAGAAAAGUACAUGUGUCAAGGAUAUACAAAAUGUUCAAUAUGGUUCCUUCUUAAAAGAAAAAAAAAAUAAUAAUAAAAAUAAAAAGAAAAAAUUAAAAGAAAAUUCUACAUAUAUUAAAAAAAAAAAACAAUCAUAUAAUAAUACCCAUUCAUCCUCUUUCUUAUCAGACAAGAUGAACAGCACAUCACAACAUAAUAAAAAUAAUGAUAAGUUGAUGGGUGAGCAUAAUAUGCAAAUGAGAAUAUCAAAAAAUAAGUAUACAAAUGUAAACACAAAUCAGCCUAGGUGUAACGAUAUAAUGAAUCAUAUAAUUAAUGAAAAAAAUUUUAAAAUUAAUACAAAUAGUGAUGAAGAUAUGCACAACAAUUAUAAUGAUAAUGAGAACAAAUAUAAUAAUAUGUAUGACAGUGAUGAAAAUGAAGAUGUCGAUGAAGAUCAAAUUGUAAACGAUGAUACAAAUACAAACACAAAUACAAAUACCGAUGCAGAUGCAGAUAAAGGGGGCGAUGAUUUCUUUUUUACAUCGAAUAAAUAUGAUGACAUAAUACCAUCAGACACAGAAAGUGUAUUAAAUAAUAUAUAUGACUCUAAAGGAACAAAAAUAAACAAAAAACUAAAAAGAAAUAAUAACAACCAUAAUAAUAUUAUUAAUAAUAAUAUUAAUAAUAAUAAUAAUAUUCAUGUAAAAGGAAUGAAUAUUAAAAAAAAAAAUGCAUACACUGAACAUUUUGGUGACCUCUUUGAAGAUAAUUCAAGGGAUGAUGCUUACAAAGAAAUGUUAACCAUAUACAAUAAUAAUGCAAACGAAAAAAAAAAAGAAAAAAAAAAAAAAAAGAAAAAUACAAAAGACAAGAAAAAUAAAUAUGAUACUCAUAGCGCAUGUGAGACAGACCAUGAAGAUAUGUUCAAUUUUAUUUCAAAACAAGAUAAUGUAAUUAAAGAAAGAGGAAAAAAUUCAAUGUAUACAACAGAAAAAGAAAAAAUGCAAGAUGAGCUAGAAGAACAAUUAAUUCGAGACUUAAAAAAUGUAAACCAUAUUGAAAACACCAAUGAAAAAAGAGAAGAUAUUGAAAUAGAAGAAAAAAAUCGAAUGUUGAAGUUUGAAAAAAUAUUUUUAGAUAAUAGUGAUUAUGAAUCUAUUUUAAAGAAUAAAAAAAUAUUAAACGAUGACGAAACACAAACAAAAAUACCAAAUCUAUCACAUGAAGAAAAUACCAAAAAAAAAAAGAAAAAAAAAAAAAAUAGUAAUUUAAAUAACUCUGAUAAUGAAAAUAAAAGAGGAACAUUAAAUUAUGAAACAUUUUUCAAAAAUGAAUACAAUAAAGAUAUUGGAUAUAAAUAUUUUGAAGAUCAUGAUUUAUAUUGUGAGAAAUGUAAAAAAUAUAUUAAUAUAAAUGAUAUUAUAAAUGAAAUGAAAAAAGAAGAAUGGAAUAAAUAUAAUUUAUAUGAAGUAGGUGUACAUAUAACUGAUGUGUCCUUUUUUAUCAAAGAAAAUUCUUCUCUAGAUAUUGAUGCACGUAAUAGAGCCAUGACCAUUUAUUUAACUCAUACAUGUUUUCCAAUGAUAUCCAAAAUUUUAAGUGAAGAAUUAUGUAGUUUAGAUCCAGUUAAUAAUCGCUUGUGCUUAUCCAUUUUCUUUUAUAUGGAUAGCUCAGGAAAAAUAGAUCAUAACUCUUUUUUUAUUAAAGAAAGUAUUAUAAAUAGCAAAGUUAAAUUUUCAUAUGAAGAAGUCUAUUUUAUCAUACGACAAUAUGUAAAAAUUAAACAAUUAAUUAACAAAUUGAAAAAAGAAAAAUUAAAUGAUAUACUAAAUAAUCAUACACAUGGUAAAUUAAUGCAAAAUUAUAAUGACAAUAUCAAAUAUAAUUAUACACUCAAUGAGGACAAUAAUAUCAAUCAACUAAUCAAAGAAACCAAACAUAACGAAAUUAUAAAUCAUGAUAAGGAAAUAGAACAAACACAAGAUAUUACUAAAAAAAAGACUAGUAUUUAUAGACGAUUUUUAAAUUUGCAUUUUUAUAAAAAUGGUAAUAAGCAAAAGAAAAAUUCCCAAAGUGGUGAUUCGAAUGGACAAAAUGAUAAUUUACAUGAACAGAAAAAUAUUUUGUAUGAACAAAAUGAUAAUUUACAUGAACAGAAAAAUAUUUUGUAUGAACAAAAUGAUAAUUUACAUGAACAAAAUAAUAAUUUGCAUGAACAAAAUGAUAAUUUACAUGACCAUAGUAUUACUUUGCAUGAACAAAAUGAUAUUAUUUCUGACCAUAUACAUAAUUCAUCCAAUCGUACAUUUCCAAAUGAAAACAAAAUAUAUACAAAAUACCAAACACAUGGUAAGGAUAUUAAGAAAAAUUUAUCAGAUGGAAACAUGUUUGAUAUUUUUGCAUUAUGUCAGAAGACUGAUAAGAGCGAUACAAGUUGUAAUAAUAAGGUUGUGUGUUUGAAUAAGAAAGAAAAAAAAAAAAUAAUAAUUUCUUAUUUGUUAAAAAUACCGGAGGUGAAGGAAGGUAUAGAUGGUUUAUUAAAAAUAUUUGAGAAUUUGAAUAAUAUGAAACAUAAAUUAACAUAUAAAGAAAUGUUUAGUAUAAUAAAACAUUUAUAUGACAUGCAUAAAAUAACAAAAGGUGCUCGAAAUAUUAGAAGAGAAAAUGGUUCUAUGUUUUUUAAUAAUGACAAGAUAAAUUUUAUAUUAUCGAAUUCUCGUAGUCCUAUAGGAAUAGUUCGUAAGAAGUAUACUUUUUCAAAUUACAUGAUAGAAGAAUUAAUGUUAAGUGCAAAUAAGCUAAUAGCUAUACGUCAAUAUUUUAGUAAGUAUAGGGACAUAUCAGUAUUUAGGUCCCAUAAUUUAAAUGAUGCAAUUGAUAUAAAUGAUAUAAUGGAUUUAUUAAAAAAAAGUGGCAUUCAUUUUGAAUUUCAUGACUUACGACAAAUUAUGAAAUUUUUGGAUGAGAAAAAAAAGUACUUUAAACAAAAGAAAAAUAAUAUAUAUGAUAUUGUAUCAGCAUAUAUGAAGAAAAAGAUGGUUAGAGCAGAGUAUCAUACAUAUAAAUAUAUAAAGGAUAAUAAUAUGAGUACAUAUCAUUAUGCUCUUUCCUUUUUGUUGUAUACUCACUUUACAUCUCCUAUAAGAAGAUAUCCGGAUAUAUUAGUUCAUCGAGUGAUCAAAAAAAUUAUAUCUGAUGAGCAAAAGUUAAAUCAAAAUUUAUUUACAGAGCAGGAAAUAUUGAAGAACACAGAAACGCAUGACGUGGGCAUACUUGAAAAAAUUUGUGAAAAUUGUAAUAACUGCAAAGCAAAAUCGAAGAAAGCUCAAGUGGAUUGUGAAAUUGCUUUUUUCUGUUUGUAUUUACAAAAACUGUCGCGUCCCGGUUAUAAUAGAGGAAUAAUUAUGGACAUAUACAAGGAAAAGUCUUCCAU